AUGACAAAAGUUGGACAAUUUCCCCUCCGAGCCGCCGUGAAGCAGUUAGCCGUAUCACGAAUCUCUCGACGACUCCCACGAACGCGCGCUGCUCUGCUCACGACUCUCGAUCGCAUUUCUCCCAAAUCACCCGAACUCGAGAUCCUCAAUAUGACGGACGCUCUCAAGGAUGCGCCUUUCCAGGCGGUGCAGGUUGAUGCUCUGGUCGCUGUGAAGAUCAACAAGCACUGCUCAUCUGCUUUCCCCACCACCGCCACCGGUGCCAUCGUCGGCAUGGACCAGAAUGGCGUCCUCGAGAUCACAAACUCUUUCGGCUUCCCCUCGACUGAUGGCGCCUCUUCCGACUCGCAUCAGAACGACGCAUCCGCCGCGGCGGCUGCUGCUCCCCGCCAAAAGUCCAACCAGACGUACCAGAACGAGAUGAUCCGUCACCUCAAGGAGGUCAACGUCGACGCCAAUAAUGUUGGGUGGUACACCAGCGUGACCCUGGGCAACUUUGUGAACAUGAACUUUAUCGAGAAUCAGGUGCACUACCAGACUGCCAACAACGCGACUGUUGCGCUUGUGUAUGACGCCAGCAAGAGCUCGCAAGGCAACCUGGCUCUGAGGGCCUUCCGCUUGACCACCUCGUUCAUGACCGCCUUUAAGGAGGGCAAGUUCACCACUGACAUCCUUCAAAAGUCAAAGCUUUCCUACAAGGAUAUCUUCGCCGAGCUCCCCGUGACGAUCCACAACUCGCAUCUCCUCACCUCGUUCCUGCACCAGAUCCCCGGUCUGCCGUCGGAAGAAGACAUUGAGCCCCCUGUGUCGUCCGCCGACCUGGAGCGCGACCAGGUGCAGGCACCCCUGCACCCGUCCAUCGAUAUGCUGGAUCUAGCCAUCGACCCCUUCCUGGAGAAGACGUGCGAUCUCCUGAUCGAGAGCAUCGAGUCGCACUACACCGACCUCAACAACUUCCAGUUCUACCAGAGGCAACUGGGCCGCGAGCAGACCAAGAUCUCCCAGUGGCAAGCCAAGCGCAAGGCCGAGAACGCCCAGCGUGCCGUCGCCAAGCAGGCUCCUCUCCCCGAGGACGAGUGGCAGCGUCUGUUCAAGCUGCCCCAGGAGCCCAGCCGUCUGGAGGGCAUGCUUAACGCCAAGCAAGUGGAGCAGUACAGCAAGCAGGUGGACGGCUUCACGGCCGGCAUCAGCGCCCGGAUGUUCGCCGUGCGGGAGAACCUGGCGCCGCAGUAA